AGCCCUGGUUUAAGAUGGUGGGAUUGGGAAAUGGGCGUCGCAGCAUGAAGUCUCCGCCCCUUAUCCUGGUGGCCCUGGUGGCCUGUGUCAUUGUGCUGGGCUUCAACUACUGGAUUGCGAGCUCCAGAAGCGUGGAACUCCAGACACGCAUUGUGGAGCUGGAAGGCCGGGUCCGCAGGGCAGCCGCAGAGAGAGGAGCUGUGGAGUUGAAGAAGAAUGAGUUCCAGGGCGAGCUGCAGAAACAGCGAGAGCAACUCGAUCGGAUCCAGUCCAGCCACAUCUUCCAGAUGGAGAACGUCAACAGGUUGCACCAGGGCGAGAAGGCGAUUUUAGUGAGUAACAUCACCACAGGCGAGAAGCUCAUCAGAGACCUGCAAGACCAGCUGAAGGCUCUGCAGAGGAGCUAUGGCAUCCUGCAGCAGGACAUCUUCCAGUUCCAGAAGAACCAGUCCAGCAUGGAGAUGAAGUUUGCCUAUGACCUGAGCCAGUGUAUUAACCAGAUGAAAGAGGUUAAGGAGCAGUGUGAAGAACGGAUAGAAGAGGCCACCCAGCAGAGAAAUGAAGCCGCAGUUUCCAGAGAUGUGGGUGAAAAAAACAACCACCAGCAGCAGGAACUCAAGCCGCAGCCCAGGCCUCAGCAAGUAGUCCCUCCAAAGGAACAGACGCCACAGGGGAAAGAGGAUGUGGCCAGAAACAACUCCCAGACACCAGCCCCCAGGCCAGAGGCGUUAAAGCCACAUAAACAGAAUGAGGAAGCCGAGGUUCAGGCUGGCAGCAAAGAACACGGUCUGGGACCACACGAGGCGUCAGUCCAAGAACAGGCGGCACCCGUGAGUGGCACAGUCGGAGGAGCCGGGAAACUUCAGAGCACACAAGUGCCAGCUGCCCUAUUGGCCAGGCCUCAGAAGGAUUCUCAGUACCCUGAGCGGUACCAGCUUGCCAUCCAAGAGGAGCAGAAAAAGCAGCUUGCUGCUGAGGAAGAGAGAAAGCUGCAGAACCCGGGAGAUGACUAUAGCAUGGAAGAGAAUGAAGCCGAGUCCGAGAGAGACAAGCAGGCAGCCCUUGCUGGCGGAGACACCUACGUUUUGAAUGCUGAAGAUCAGAGGAGAGGCCCAGAAAAUUUACCCAAUUGGAGUGAGAAGCAGAGUCUCAUCCAAAAUCAAGUAGAAGUCCAUAUUCCUCAACAGGCCUGAACAGAGACUCUACGAAGACUCAACUGUGAAAUGGACAAAGUGAAUUGUCCAUCG